AUAAAUAAGAGGAAUGUCUGGUCGUGUUUGAGCUGUUAAUUCAGCCGUGCAUUUGUAAACAAAUGACGCUUGCAUAAAAAUCAGCUGGAAGAUCUGAAUUGUUAACGUUUGUUGCAGCUGUAAGUAAAUCAUAGGAAGUAUUUUCGUGACUUCUAUUCUUAAAUGUGAAAUGGACAUAAUGGGUAUGGAAAUUCAGCUAGUUAUAAAAGCUCCCAAUCAGAAUGUUGAAGACCAGAUAAUUUGUUGUAACUUGAAUUGGACAGUUCAAAAGCUGAAAAAUCAUUUAUCAGAAGUUUAUCCCAAUAAACCUAUUAUAGAAGAGCAGAAAUUGAUAUAUUCUGGACGUUUGCUUCAUGAUCAUUUGCAUUUAAAAGAUAUAUUAAGACAUGAAGAAGGUCAGUCUCCUGUGCACAUUCUUCAUUUAGUAUGCAGUAGUAAACAAGCCUUACAAAACCAGCUUCCAGAUUCUAGUCAAGGUACUUCUAAUCAGUCAAUUCCACCACAAUCUCCUGGAUUACAUUCUACUCCUGAUACCAGUCCUGGGCCUUCUUCAGAAACUGUCUUCAGACAGAGGAAUAACGUUAAUAUGCCUUCAGCAAACUCUUUUGAUUCUCAGCUCCAGUCAAUUGAAAAUAGUGCAGUUGCUCCCACAUUUUCAUAUGAUUCUCAAAUUUUAGCACAGAUGGCAGCAAUGCAGCAAAUGUAUGCUUAUUAUUUCACCCAGUAUAUGCAGAGUAUAAGCAAUUCUGCUAUGAUAGGAAGCAAUCCUGCUUUCCGAGAUGUGGCAAAUUUUCAGCAAAAUAAUUCUAAUUUUGUCCCUAAUGAAACCCCUAUACCAAGGCCUGCAAACCAAAGAAUGAAUGCUCAAGGAGGACAGAUUAUAGAAGAAAAUGAUGACUUAGGAAACAUAGAUUGGUUAGACCAUAUGUUUCUGUGUUCUCGCUUUUUAAUAUUUUUCCUUGUUGUUUAUUUCUAUUCGACUCCUGAAAGGUUGAUGAUUGUUGCUGUCUUUGCAGUCAUUGCAUUUUUGUAUCAAGAAGGGUGGUUUGUUCGGAGGCCAAAUCCAGUAGCUCAUUCAGAAGCACCUUUAAUACCAAGGAACAGAAAUAAUGUGGAGGUUAAUCCCAAUGUUCGGAAUAACUUAAAUGAAGGAGCUGCAGCUAAUCAGAAUCAGAGUGCCAAUGAAGAAUUGCAUGAUGGCCAUGAACUGGAGGCAGCAAUGGAUGGGGAGGAACCACCUCAUGCUCAGAAUCCUGAUCUAGUCAACAAUAAUCAGAUUUUCUCACCUCUGACUUUCCUUGCUGCCUUUUUCUCUUCAUUGAUUCCUGAACCACCACCUCCUGUAAACAUAAACUGAUCUUGGUGUACCAAAUGUCUUGUUACAUGUAUAUUUUAGAAAAGACGUUACAACCUUUUUAAAUGUAUUAUUCAGUUAUGUAAAUUUUUACAGUGGCCAGUAUUUGCUUAGACUGUAAUAAUAUCUGUUGUGUUUUAUAA